AUGGAAGAUAGCGGUAGUGCCGUUUCCAAGUCUCCAAAGAGAGGACUGGAAGUCUUCCACAAACAAAAGUUUGUAUUCUCGCUAAUAAACUUGGCGGUGUUUGUAGAAAACUUUAAUCUCCAGUUCCUGUUCUCAUCAAUGAGGGGUCUGGAGGUAUCGCUGGGAUUCUCGCCGGAGAUGCUGUCCAGGUUCACCAUGGUGGAGGAACUAUCCGCAGUCGCAUUCAUCCCGGUUUGGGGGCUUUUAUGCGAUUUAUUUGAGAUGAAAUACAUACUUAUGCUGGCAAUAUUCCUCUCUGGUCUGCUGUCAAUGGUGCUGAGUACCAUCUCAAAUUUUGGACUGAUGUUGGCAGUGCGUGUAAUAAACGGAGCCACAAUUGGAAGUGUUACUCCUUCCACUCAGAUAUAUGUGGUCAGGAUGAUGAAUGUUGGCCUUGGAAUCGCAUUUGGGAUCUUAUACUCUGUAGCAUCUGUAGCUAGGCUAGUGUGUUCACUUAUUGUAACUAAAUUAUCCCCAAAGACAGUUUGUUAUCAUACAUCUCGGAUAAUCUCCGUGAAUCUUUCUCGACUAAAACAUCAAAACUCGUUCUCUUUUUUGUGCUACUUCACCGACGGACCAUUCAUUUCCCUUUCCUUUCUAACGUUAUACUUUCAACACACGGGAUUGUCUGAUUUUAAGGCAGGAUUAUUCACUGGUCUAGUAAUUAUAGGUUCCGCAAUUGGUGGCGCUCUUGGAGGCGUUGCUACAGAAUACUGCCACAGGAAAUCACCAAAUUAUGGAAGGAUACUCUUCGGGAUCAUUUGCACGGUUUUGAGACUAUUUGCAAUUUCUAUGGUUCUCUUCCUAGUUUUGGAUGACUAUGGAAAAAGUGCUGAGCCGUUGCUGACAACUUUUCUAUUCAUAACUGGAACAACACUUUUCACCAUUUACUAUGUGGAUCGCGGAGGUUACAAUGCCAGAAGUAGAUGCAUUGCUGGAAUUGGGAGUGGUCUGACCUUCUCAACCUUAAUGGGAGCUAUACCGGAGCGAAUUUACGGCUACAGACCGAUAAGGAUCAACUUGGCGGAUGCCCCUGUGGAACAUGUAAGAAGGAAUGCAAUCGCACUGAGAAAUGCACUCUUUAUUGUCAAUGUUGGCACACUCUUGGUCUCCCUUUUUCUCUACGUAUUAAUAUGCUUCUCGUUCGGCUCUGACGCAGCGUAUAUUCGAGAGCGAGUAAAGCUAGAAAGCACUGAAAUUAACACGGUUAAAAAGUCUGAUGAAAGGAAUGAAUGUCGAGUCUAG